AGCAGCUCUGGGCAUGGCUUGCGGUACCUGCUCCGAGUCUCAGCGUGCCUCUAGGAGCAGCGGGGGAGCUGGCGGAGUAGACACAGUCUCCCAAAGUCCUACACGUGGCAGACUGUGAUCCUUUGUCACUUGGUCACUCAGGCAACUUCCCGUAUCCUCUUCCACUUAUAAAACAGGCGUAGGAACUUCGUCUUAUGAAUUCACACACACCAGAAAGCUGUGCAAAUGCCAGUAAUCAUUGCAGGAAAUGAGCAUCAGCAGAAAAAAUACUUUGGAAGAAUGACAAAGGAACCAAUGAUGUGUGAAAUGAAUAUGGUUCAGCACUGCUCAGAUACAAGAGGUAUUGUCUUUGACAAUGCGAGUCCUGACAGAAAAUGUACUGAUGCUGAGGGAGCUGGCUUUAAAAUCGCAAUCGAAGCUUUUGAUAAGACCAGACCACCCCCUCUUCAUCCUUUGUUGCUGUGCUCUAAACCUGCUGCUUGAAACUCAGGGGACACCACAGAAGGAUGUUAUAAUAAAACCCGAUGCCCCAAGCACCUUACUUUCGGAGAAGCACGCGGACUAUAUCGCCUCGUAUGGAACAAAGAAAGAUGAUUACGAGUACUGUAUGUCGGAGUAUUUGAGGAUGAGCGGUGUUUACUGGGGGCUGACAGCGAUGGAUCUCAUGGGGCAGCUGCACCGAAUGAACAAAGAAGAAAUUCUGGCGUUCAUCAAAUCAUGUCAGCACGAGUGUGGUGGAAUCAGUGCCAGCAUAGGUCACGAUCCUCAUCUUCUGUAUACCCUCAGUGCUGUCCAGAUUCUUAUCUUAUAUGAUAGUCUCCACGUUGUUGAUGUAAAUAAAAUUGUUGAAUAUAUACAGAACUUGCAAAAAGAAGAUGGAUCAUUUGCUGGAGACAUAUGGGGAGAAAUAGAUACGAGGUUCUCCUUCUGUGCUGCAGCGACUCUUGCGCUUCUGGGAAGGCUGGAUGCCAUUGACGUGGGGAAAGCUGUAGAAUUUGUUUUGUCCUGUAUGAACUUUGAUGGAGGAUUUGGCUGUAGACCAGGCUCCGAAUCACAUGCAGGACAGAUCUAUUGUUGCACAGGAUUUCUGGCGAUAACAGACCAGCUGCAUCAAAUAAAUGUUGACUUGCUGGGUUGGUGGCUUUGUGAACGUCAGUUACCUUCUGGAGGUCUCAACGGACGACCAGAGAAGUUACCUGAUGUGUGUUACUCGUGGUGGGUGCUGGCAUCCUUGAAGAUGAUUGGGAGAUUACACUGGAUUGAUAGAGAGAGACUGCGCUGCUUUAUUUUGGCUUGCCAGGAUGAGGAGACUGGAGGAUUUGCUGACAGACCAGGAGACAUGGUGGAUCCAUUUCACACCUUAUUUGGAAUUGCUGGACUAUCUUUAUUAGGAGAAGAACAAAUUAAGGCCGUCAAUCCUGUCUUUUGUAUGCCAGAAGAUGUUCUUCGAAGAAUAAAUGUGCAGCCUGAGCUUGUGAGCUAAGCCCCGUGGAGACAAAAGGAUGGUGUGCCCAGUUGCUUUGGUUUUGCUGAUUUCAGUCAUCUCAUCGCUGAAACUGUUAGCAUAAUCUUCUUUGAGAUGUAUUUACAUGAUGGAAGUAAAGCAAGAGCUUUACUGUGGGCUUUGUCACUUUGUAAACUGUAUCAGAACAGGCUGGUUCUAAUAAUCUGAGUGUAACAUGGUCUUUGGUUGUAUAUAAGAGAUGUAGAAACAUUACUAAUCUGUAUCUAAACAUAUGGGCCUUUGCGGUUUUUUUUCUGAAUAUUCAAGUCAAAGCAAUAGUGAUGUGAAUGGUUAAUUUUUGUACUCUGUGAUAUCAGCCAUGCUAGCAUCUGCCUUUACAUAAGCAUGUUUUGAUGGUGGAUCACUCAAAGCACUUUAAAAGAAUAUGAAGAAAAAUCCCAAACAAAACCCUACUUAAGCUGUGCACUUAAUGCCACACACUUCUGUAUUUAAUUAUUCCUUUUCAAGUUUGCCAUUACCAUUAUAAACUCAGAAACAAGGUUUUUCUUCUGAUAGUAAUUGGUACCAGUGAGAAAAAAAUAUUAUGGUUCCAUUACACACACAUAUAUAAAUGUCUUCGUUUAUUGAUGAGUCCCUAAGACAAAAUUUUGCUGAUACUUGAAAUAGAGCAUACCUUAAGUAGGUUUAGAGAAACUUGCUAACAUUAAGCAUUCUAGAGGAGGUAUCUAUAGGACAGUGAUGUGUAACUGAAAAUACAGUUGAUCCUAAACUUGUUGCUGGGUUGAAAUCCUGCUUUUGUAGCUUUUAAGACAAUAAUUGCCAACACUUGAUUAUGGUGUAAUUGAGAAUAAAACGAGCUCUGGAAAAUACUUCUUCUCUGAAGGAUGGAGUCCUCUUUGUCUUCACAGAAGCCCUAAAACUUCCUCUUAAUUUACGUUCCACACACCCUGGCUGAGACUGAAUGGUGUUCCACUUGGAAUAUACAGUAAAAGGUAAUUGUGAAGGGGAGGAAAUAUUUGAUAAUCUCUGUAUUUAUGCUUAAGGAAGGUCUACAGUUGUUUCAAACAUAGUUUUAGAAGCCAGCUGGUUAGUUUUAUCCAGCCUAUUACUGUUAGUAGGAUAGAACCAGACAAAGUAACUUUUAACUAGACCUUUACUUGUAGAGAAUUUCAAAGGGGAUGUGUAUUUGAAUGCUCAGGUUUUUCUAAUGAUUUUUUUUUUAAGCCUUCUCUCAGGCUUUUAGAUAAAAUAAAAAUCCUCCUCUGUUUAGCUGUCCAGUUGCCGGAUGAAUUCUUUAGUUAAAGCCUGGAAUUAAUUUCUUUGUCAAGCUUUGGAAAAAAGUUUCUGUAGGCUUUGUAUUGAGUGCGAGGGAAUGAGAGCCCUGAUCAGGCUUUUAUCUAACUGUAAAGUUUAACAGAAGAUUUUAAGAUAAAUUUUUCUCAUUCCAGGUUACCUUAGCAAGUGCUGCUUCUUUUCCUCUGAGGAAACACUGUUCAGUACAUGGGAAUUUGCCAUUUUUUUUCUGUGUUGUGGAGACAAAAUGGAAUCCUUUUUAAAAUGUAUAGUUAAGUAUAGACUGAGACCCUGGGAAUCAAUAUGUGAGUGAUAAUGCACAACAGUGUAGAACAUUUCACUGUAGGCUGAAAUCCUAUUAAUAUUACUGGAGUUUUUCUCUGAGGAAGGUCUGGUCAACUUCAAUUCCUAAGUCAGCUGUGAUUUGUAAAGGUUUUUUAAGAUUAUAGCUUAAAAAAAGGGAUAAGUAUGUGCACAAACUAAAAACCUCUUAAGAAUAUUCCUCCAUUCUUUACACCAGUUUUUUUAAAUACUGUAUUUGUAGAAAGAGAAUCAUCACAAUUUUUCUUAAGCAAACAAAAUCAUGUUUUCUGUUAAAUGUACUGUGAAAAAAAUGAGUUGCCCAGUUUGCCUAUGUUAAGACUCGCAUCAUUUUGAUGCAGAAUACAUUGUUACUGUCUACCUCUGUUUUGUUCAAAGUACUGAUAAGAUUUUUUUCUGAGCUUACAUAGUUAGAAACUUUGCCAUAAUUAAUCUACUGUUCUGAGUCUUCAAUUACAGGUCCUUUAUUAAAGGCUUUCAGAAAUU